GCACUAUUAUGGUUAAAAACUCUCCAAAAUUGUGGCGCUGGAGACAUACGAAACAUGGAGAUGGUGGCAGCAGCAGAAGUAGAAAGCAUCGGAGUCAACCUCACUCCACCGCUCUCUCCUCUCUCCUACUCGCUCCAUGACUCGUUCCUCCUCUCCCACUGCGCCUCCUGCUUCUCCCCUCUUCCGCCCGAUCCUCAUCCUUCCCUUCAUCCUCUUCUCUACUGCUCCCCUUCCUGCUCUUCUUCCCAUUCUCCCCUCCACCUCUCCUCCGCCUCCCACCACCUCCAUAUCCACCUCUCCCAGAACCCUUACGAUGGUCAAACCUCCGACCUCCGCGCCGCUCUCCUCUUGCUUCUCCAAAUUAAAAGCCACCAUCCCUUCAAACAAUACGAUAGAAUCUGUGGGUUGAUGAGCAACCGUCACCAACUCCUUAUGUCUAAUCACGACGAUGAAUUUUCCACCAGAAUAAAGAACGGCGCGAGAGCAAUGGCGGCAGCUACAAUGAUGAGAGACGGCAUCUCCGAUUCCAAUUUGUCCGAAGAAUAUUUACUGGAAGAGGCGGUGUUGUGCGUGGUGGUAACAAACGCCGUGGAGGUGCAAGAUAGGGUUGGUCGAUCAGUGGGGAUUGCGGUCUACAAUAUUUCUUUCUCCUGGAUCAACCACAGUUGUUCCCCAAAUGCCUGCUAUCUGUUCUUGCCGCCGGAGAGCCACGGUGAUGGGCAACGGUUUCUCAUCACUCCGGCGUCCUCUAAUGGUCGCCAACCAAUUCAGCUUUCUCCAAAUUCCCAAUUCCUAACAGAAUCGACGGAGAUCCAUGGUGGUCCAAGAGUGGUUAUUAGGAAUAUAAAGCCCAUAAAGAAAGGGGCGCAGAUUACAAUCGCAUACACAGAUUUGCUACAACCGAAGGAGUUGAGGCAACUGGACUUGUGGUCCAAGUAUCGAUUUACAUGUUGCUGUAAUCGAUGUAUUGCAGUGCCUCCAACACACGUUGACCAGUGUCUACAGACAUUGACCACUGCCUCCUGCAAUGAUGUGGGAAUAGAAAACCUUACAGAGUACAUAAACGAUGCUAUUGAUGAAUAUCUAUCUUCCAAUAAUGCCGAAUCUUGUUGCAAAAAGCUGGAAAAUACCCUUUUGAAUGGAUUCCAUUAUGAACAGCUCAUAAUAAGAUUAAACCCCCAAAACCAUCUAUCUUUAAAUGCGUACACAACUCUAGCUUCAGCUUAUAAGGUCCGAUCAAUGGAUGAAAAUCUGUUACAUUCUAAAAAGAUGAAAAGAUUCAGUGCUGCAUACUCCUUGUUACUUGCAGUUGUAACACAUAAACUCUUUCUGUCUGAAUCUUGUUUAAUUGCUUCGGUUUCAAACUUCUGGAUUGGUGCUGGUGAAUCCAUACUAGAUCUUGCUAGAAACAUAAUGUCUGAUUGUGAUUCAGAGCUUCAAAGUUUUAAUUGCUUAAAGUGUGGUCUGAUUGAUGUAUUUGAAUCUGAUUUUGUCAAUGGUCAAAGUCCCAAAAGGGUUUUAGACAUAUCCAAGAUGUUUAUAAAUUGCAUCACUGAUGUAUUCCCCAAGGUUUGGAAGUUUUUGGUCCAUGGAAAUAGUUAUCUUGAGGUUGUUAAAGAUUCCAUUGAUCUGUUAAUGAAUGUGAAGGAAAUUAAGGGGGGAGAAGAAAGAGUUGAGCUUUUGUGGGUAGGUGUUCAUUGUUUGUUAUAUGGUGGGGUUUUGAUGAAUAUUUUUGGUGGAAAGGAUUCACAUUUGAGUUGUUAUAUUCGAGGUCUUGUUUAUGGUGGAGAUGCAAAAGAUUGUGGUGAAUGAUUGCAAGUCCCCAUUGGUAAACAUUAUUAUUUUCUUCAUACGGAUUGUUGUCUUGGAUUGGG